AGAAGCUGGUCUUUUUUAAGGAGCAUCUAAAUAACUCAACGGUUUCUCAAGCAAUGGAAUUUUUGAAGGCUCUCUUCAGUAAACCUCUGCAUCAUUUCAUCCACAAAGACUUCCAUGAGAUCGUUGCCCGGAUGACUCUUAUUGAUAGAUUUCUCUUCCUGAUUGUACACUCCAUUGAUAAGUUAGGGAUAUGGCCGCAUUUACCAGUGUUCUUAGGCUUAUUUUAUCUGGAAAUACGGCGACAUCUUCACCAGGAGUACAAUUUAUUCAACGUUGGAAAAACUCCCAUUGGCCUUCGGUUUAAUCCUGCCGAUUUUCCUUAUAGAACUGCAGAUGGGAAAUAUAACGAUCCUUUCAAUGAAGCUGCAGGCAGCGAAGCUACUUUCUUUGGCAGAAAUAUUCUCCCUGUUGAUCAAGAAAACAAGUUACUAAAACCAGAUCCGAUGGUGGUAGCCACAAAACUUUUAGCGAGAAAAAAAUUUGUGGACACAGGAAAGCAGUUUAACAUGAUAGCAGCCUCUUGGAUUCAGUUUAUGAUACAUGACUGGGUUGAUCACAUGGAAGCUACCAAUCAGAUUGAGCUAACUGCACCGAUCGAAGUGGCAAGCCAAUGCCCCCUUGCUGCUUUCAAGUUCUACCAGACAAAGGAAGUCCCAACUGGCUUUUAUGAGAUCAAAAGUGGCUAUAUAAACAUUCGUACUCCAUGGUGGGAUGGAAGUGCUAUCUAUGGAAGCACCGCCGAGAAAUUGCAGAAAGUGAGGACGUUUAAAGACGGGAAGCUCAAAAUAUCAAAAGAUGGCCUUCUUCUUCAUGAAGCAAAUGGAAAUGCUUUGACAGGAGAUGCUCGUAACUCUUGGGCAGGUGUCUCAACAUUACAGGCUCUUUUCGUUCAAGAACAUAAUGCAGUUUGUGACGCCCUCAAGAAAGAAUAUCCGGAUUUAGAUGACGAACAACUGUAUCGUCAUGCAAGACUAGUGACUUCAGCAGUGAUUGCAAAGAUCCAUACCAUUGAUUGGACAGUCGAGCUUCUAAAAACUGAUACUCUACUUGCAGGGAUGCGUGCCAACUGGUACGGAUUGUUAGGUAAGAAAUUCAAGGACACAUUUGGGCAUGUUGGAGGAGUCAUAUUAAGUGGCUUGGUUGGUUCAAAGAAGCCAGAAAAUCACGGCGUCCCGUACUCCUUAACGGAGGAGUUCGUUGCUGUUUACCGGAUGCACUCACUGAUACCCGAUGACCUUCGUCUCAGAGAUAUCACAGCGGCACCGGGACCCAAUAAGUCUCCACCUUUGAAACGAAAGGUGCCUAUUCAAAAUUUAAUCGGCCACAAGGGAGAAAAGCUCUUAUCAGAAAUUGGAUUUGAACAGCAAAUGGUUUCAAUGGGUCACCAAGCUUGUGGUGCUUUACAGCUUUGGAACUAUCCUAUAUGGAUGAGGGACCUUGUAGCACAAAAUGUGGAUGGAACAGACAGGCCAAAUCAUGUGGACAUGCCGGCUCUUGAAGUUUACAGAGACAGGGAGAGAAAAAUCGCGAGGUACAAUCAAUUCCGCAGGGCGCUCCUUCUGAUUCCAAUAUCCAAAUGGGAAGAUCUAACAGACGAUAAAGAAGAGAUUAAAUUGCUCAAAGAAGUUUAUGGUGAUAAUGUUGAACAACUGGAUCUUUUGGUUGGCCUCAUGGCAGAGAAAAAAAUCAAAGGUUUUGCCAUUAGUGAGACAGCUUUUGUAAUUUUCCUUUUGAUGGCUACCAGGAGACUCGAAGCUGAUAGGUUUUUUACCAGCAAUUUCAAUGAGGAGACAUACACAAAGAAAGGACUUCAAUGGGUAAAUACUACAGAGAGCCUUAAAGAUGUAUUAGACCGUCAUUAUCCGAAAAUUACAGAGAAAUGGAUGAACUCAACAAGUGCGUUUUCGGUUUGGGACUCUCCUCCAAAUGCCUAUAAUCCCAUCCCUCUCUAUCUUCGAGUUGCCAAGUGAAACGCUUACGUACCAAAUAAGGUUUUUGGGCCAAUGAGUCCAAGUGAAAUUAUCUUUCGACUCUUCCAAACCAAGUUUUAUUAUAUUAUUGGGCUCGGCCUAAGAAUGCAAAUUGUAAUAUUUUAAAUUUUCAAUUACCUAUAAUAUUUUGAUAAUUAAUUAAUAUAAUUUUGUUAUAAUAUGAAAUCAAAAGAGUAGGGUUUUAUAUAAUCCAA